GUAGGUUAGAGAGAGGCAGGAGGCUACGAGCAGCAGAGAGUCUGUGAUGCUCCAACAGAGAGCAGGAGGCUUCAUUUUGAAUCCAUAAAUAACGACAUCAGUCAGAAACAGACUCUGGAGAGAAGAUGGGACUCACAUUGUUGGCAGCUCAUCGCCAUGAAGACAGCUUCAUGUUACCAAUGCAUCGCUUUCGAUUCCCUGCAGCCUGCAGCAGCAGCUCGGACCGCUCAAGUUAAAACGCCUCCAGGGAUCUGCUCUCAGUCCUGGUAUUUCCAUCUGGACCUGGUGAUAUGAGAGGCUCUGGGAGACGCUGAUGGAGCUCCAGGAGUUGGGCUGGCUGUGUCUGGUGGGUCUCUUCCUCACCUCCUUGCUCAUCGUGCUGGGAUGGCUGUGUCAGUACUUGCUGAGCGUGCUGCGGCUGUGGGGAUCCAGGAAGACAGCCAGCAGGCAGCAGGACAGCAGAGGAGCAGCCUGUCAGCAGCAGCUCUCCCACACACAGCAGAGCCAGGCUGGAGGUGUGUGGGGCUUCCUGCUGAAGCUGCGCUCGAGCCGGGAUGGAGGACCUGUACCCGAGGCCGGGGUUAAAGGCUUGUUGACCUCUCUGUUCUCCUUCAAGUCCUUCAGGGAGCACUGGCAGAGGACCUGGGUCAAAGCUCUGAACGAGCAAGCUUGCAGGCAUGGGAGCUCCGUCCAGAUCACUUUUGACAGCAGUCUCCAGUUAACUGCUGCCUCUGCAAUAGAUAGUGUGACCUGCACUGACCAAUCGGCACACCGAAUGGUUUUACACUGUAAAUGUUGGGUGGACACAGUGACGUUUCCUGUGACGGUCACCCAGCAGUCGCACGCUGCCGUUUCCAUGGACACCUAUCAGAUCACUAUAGCACCUAUGGUGGCAAAGGUGGUGGUGUGUCUGGAGGAGGUGGAAGACGAGGGUCUGCUGAUGUCCUGGACUCUUUCCAAGCAGCCGUCAUUUACUCUGACCGCGUCUCCGUGCAAGCUGCAGAGACAGGGCACUGAGGGUGGGGCAGACCUGGACAUGAUUAAGGGACUGAUAGAGGAUACUCUGUUCAGCACUCAGCCAGCUAUGGUCCUCAACCUCAAGACUUGUGCAUCCAGUCCGUUGGCCCCCAUGGACCAUCUAUCAGUGGGACUGAAUUCAGUACCCCAGAGUGUCUUGGUGAGACGACUACUGCUCCGGCAGCUCAGGGCGACCUUAAGUAAAGGUCAGGGGUCUAGAUCAGGGGAGCUGUGCUGUGUCCUGAACCUGGACCAACCCACCACAGAGAGGACGACCCGCUUCCUGUCUGUGCCCAGCAACCCCAACGCCCCGCUGGAAUGGAGUGAAGAGAUCGCUCUGGAGCUGGGCCUAGAGACCAAAGAGCUGAGACUAAGACUUCUGGAGCGGAACGGCAAAAGGGAACAAUUCCUGCCCGGCCAAGCGUCCAUCGCCUUGGACCUCCGGUGCAAAGUGCCCACCGGACAACACACGCUGUCAAUCAGCCCCGGCCACGGCUUGGCACCGAACGCUACCAUCACAGCAGAGCUGCUGUAUGUGGAAACAGAGGAGCCCCGCAACGCUUUGCCACUUCGUUCCUCCCACACCCCCACCAAGAAAGUGGACGUGGACCGAACCAUCAUGCCAGACGGAACCAUCGUAACCACCGUCACCACCGUCCAGUCUCGACUGAAACUGGACCGCAGUCCAGGCGAUUCUCCUUUACGUUCGCCGUCCAAAGUGGAGGUGACUGAGAAGAAACCCACCAUCCUGUCAGAUGGCACAAGCAGCACCAGCCCCAACCUCAGCAAGAGCAGCCGCCUCUCUAAUGGCCUGGAUCCCGUUGCAGAGACGGCCAUUCGGCAGCUGACGGAGUCCGCCUCCAAAGUAGCGCGGAAGACGCCGACGAAGAGGAGCACGCUGAUCAUCUCGGGCGUGUCAAAGCAGGUUCCACUCUCAGAGGUCGACUGUGCGUUAUCGAGCAGCUACGCUGCGUCCAUGGACGCAGCCAUGCAGGGAAACCAUUACGGGGCGGGGAAUCACCAGGACCCGGAUGAAACCACACCCUCCGACGUGUCGGAGCGUCCCUCCGUGGACGAUGUGGAAUCAGAUACUGGUUCCACUGGUGCCUUGGAAACCCGCAGCCUCAAGGACCAUAAAGUGGGCUUCCUGCAGAGUGGGACGAAGCUGUUGUUCCGCAGAAGACAUCGAGAGAAGGAGCCCUGCCUCAGCCAAUCCCACGAAGACAUCUCCAACAUGGGCAAUAACUUCUCCGCCGCCGCAACCAUCAGCCGCAAAAAGUCCGGCAGCUUCUCCCGCCGUCUCAUCAAGCGCUUCUCUUUCCGCUCAUCAGGCAAAUCAAAAGGUAAAGCUACCAACGGAGGAACGAGCUCGCUGGAUAACUGAUUAUCACUGUCAGGGUAGGACAUCGGUCAUCCUGAUGGUUUUAAGGCGUCUGUAAAUGCUGUCAGAAGAACAACUAAACCUUGCAAGAGUCCAGUCUUUGGGUCUCAGGCGGGUUGCCACCUGUACAUCUUGAAAGGAGGAUAUCUCUGGGAGGGACAUGAUUGCACCUUCAGGACAGAAGUCAUGUUUAAUCACAUCACUGAAGUUAAAACAUGAUUAUGAAAUCUAUUUCUUUCAAGGAGAAAUCUGCUGCUCGGUGAGGAGAAGGUAAUAGUCACAACGAAAUGUCUUGCGCCCCGUUUGAACAAAACUAUAGUGGGAGUGUUUGAUUGUGACCGAUGGUGGAAAUGCUCAUAAACUAUUUAAUGAUAUAAAAUGCCAGGAUGAUGCUAUUGGUUGCACUUUGGACUGAUUUUUUUAAACAAAACAUGUAAAAUUCCUGAGUUGUAUAACGGUAAUUUAUUAUUAUGUGGUUCUCAUGAAACAAGUGCUAUUUAUUUCACCCCCAAAAAACAAGUAAUCCUAGUUGCAUUACACUGUAAAAUAGAGACAUUGCUGUGUGUUUUUUCCAUGAAAAUGUAAUUUUAAACACAUAGUUUAAGUAAGUUAACAAAAAAUCAGUCUUAAUCUAGCAGACCAGUCAUAAUUGCUUAUACAUUGGUUUUAGAAUGUUGUUCAAUGUUGUAUCUUAUAUAAGAAGCAGAAAAGGUAAUGUAUUUAUUGUACUUUUUUUAUUUUAUAAAGGUACUCUCUAUGGAAUAUCAUAAUGCAUUUCAGUUUGCUUUUGAAUCUUCAACCAGCCAGGAUCACUUCAAGCUGCGCAAUACGUUUAAACUUAAACACAUGAUCAGGUCUUUCUCUCCUUGUGGCUCCUGUUGACUUCAAUUAAGUCAAAAGUGCAUCUACGCGCAUUAUAGAGACAUCAGUUGAUACUCAUGUGGACAUUUCAUUAUUGCAAUAACUAUCAUUAUUGUGCAGCAAGUCUGCAUAUACUGUGUGAAAUCAUUUACAGGAAAUGCUGACAUGUGAUCAGCGCAUAAUCAUCAACUAAACAAAGCAAAACCCUAUUCUGUAUUAACAUCAGGAGCAUUAUCAUAAUGGGUUUGUUGUUAAAUAUAUACAAGUAUCACAUGAGUAACAACACUGCAACUGUUCUGCAGUUUAGAUUGGAAAGAAAAUGAACUUUGAGGUCUCGGGGAGGUUUUCAGAGAUGCUCUGCUGCUGAGGCAUCGCGAGCAACGAGAUUGUCAACAUUUCUGAUGAGGUGAUGGGUGGAGUGGGCAUACUCAGGGCUACAAAUGAAACUGCUACUAAUAUAUGAGAAAACCUGCUGCACCAUUCAAAAGCAAACAGAACCGGUAUGUAAAAAUGUACAGACAUUUUUGGCCAUUUGUGUUUUUGUCAGAGAAAAUCAAAAAUCUUUAACUGACUGCAUUGGUUAUGGGACUUCAGAACAACCAAACUGAAUGAGUUUGACGACAUUUUCAGGGUUAUUUGCAUCAAUAAAAUGCUGUUUAAAGGGAUCACAGACAUGGAGGCGCUGCUGUCAAACAGACCAUGUGCUUUAAAAAACUACAACCAAUUGAAAAUGCUGAAGAAAUGAACAAAGCCACUUCAUUGUCUAAAAGGCACAUAUGGCUGGAAUGUGAAACAGCAAGCGGCUGCAAAAUUUAAGAUAUGUAGGAUUUCUGUUGUUAUAUUUGAAAUGUUUAAUUUAUUGCAAAUAAAUUAUUUUUGGAGCAUCACUA